AAGCGCCUCCUCGCGCUCGGGUCCCCGGCGGGCGCGAGCCCGGCGGCAGCAUCCUCCGGCUCGGUGGCGCGAGCGCGUCCCAGGAACAUUUGCUGUAAUGUAAAGGUGUCCCCCUUAUGGAAUUCAAAGAACAGUUCAACAUCAUUUAACUUCAACUUUUGUCUAUUCUUUUGAAGAAAUGGACAACAUCACUUUACAAGGCCAAAUAGAGAAUUUUCCUGUAGACAUCGGUAAUCUAAAUUCCAUGCGUCCUGAGACUAAGUAAUUUAUAAAAUUGGAUGCUGUACAGAAGGUUUGUAAUCAGGAUAAAGAAGCUUUGGAAAAACAAGUAAACUUUAUAUUAAUAAGACGUUAUUUGAAUUGCAUAUUUAGCAAAACCCCACAAUUUUUAAAUGACAAUAUGAUUAUUGUGACUUCCUACAAGAUCUCACUUAGCAUGUCAGCUGUUUGCAAAUGGAAAAGAGAGAGGAAGAUUAUGGUUCAGUCGAUCUCCAAAUGAUCAAAAGUCAAUACUGCAGUUUUGUAACUUGUCUCUUCAGAGCCAUGCAAAGAUGUGAAAUUUGCGUCUCUGCAGAAUCCUAGGGCUGCUUUGGGUGGCAAUAAACAGCUGAAUCACGGCUGAGGAAAGCACGACAAUGGGAGUUCUCAAAUGAGCGUGUGGCAGGAAUAGGCCACCACCACCUACUCACUCACGCUAAAGGUCUCCAGGAGGCAUUCUCCUGACACCAUGGAGAUUCUGUUCCUGAAAAUGCUUUUGCUACUGGCUGGCUGUUUAGGUUGGCUCUUUUAUCACCUCUCAGAUCUUUGUGUGGGUGAGAAGAGAUCAGUUCAGAACAAGCCGAAUUUCAUAGUCAUUUUGGCAGAUGAUGUUGGAUGGGGGGACCUUGGGGCCAACUGGGCAGAAACCAAGGACACUCCUAACUUGGAUCAGAUGGCUGCAGAAGGAAUGAGAUUUGUGGAUUUUCACUCUGCUGCAUCCACUUGCUCCCCAUCCCGUGCCUCCCUGCUCACAGGAAGGCUCGGCAUUCGCAAUGGAGUGACCCACAACUUUGCUGUCACAUCAGUGGGUGCUCCCCUCAAUGAGACUACGUUAGCUGAGGUUCUGAAGGAAGCAGGAUACAUCACUGGGGUAAUAGGUAAAUGGCACCUCGGACAUAGCGGCCUCUAUCAUCCCAGCUUCCGUGGUUUCGACUAUUACUUCGGGAUCCCCUACAGUCACGACAUGGGUUGCACUGAAACCCCAGGUUACAACCUCCCUCCCUGUCCGGCAUGCCCUCGACACUCUGCGACCACAAGCAGCCAGGGGAGAGAUUGUUACACCAAGGUGGCUCUUCCUCUCUUCGAAAACAUUACCAUCAUCCAACAGCCUGUGAACCUCACUGGCUUGGCUGCAGAGUAUGCAGAAAAAGCAACUCAGUUCAUCCAGCGCGCAAGUGAAAGCGGACGCCCGUUCUUCCUAUACCUAGCGCUGGCCCAUAUGCACGUGCCCUUGGUCCUCGCUCAGCCUCCCUCCAGCUCUUCAUUCCCUGGGCCAUACCGAGCCAGCCUGAGGGAGAUGGAUGCCCUGGUGGGACGGAUAAAGGACAAAGUUGACGGCUGCGGGAAGGAAAACACAUUCCUUUGGUUCACAGGAGACAACGGCCCUUGGGCUCAGAAGUGCGAGCUUGCAGGGAACGUGGGCCCAUUCUCCGGGGCAUGGCAAAGGCAACGAGGUGGGAGUGCAGCCAAGCAAACGACCUGGGAAGGGGGACAUCGUGUUCCGGCACUGGCUUAUUGGCCUGGCAGGAUCCCUGCCAAUGUGUCAAGCGUUGCACUGUUGAGCACCACAGACAUUUUCCCCACCUUGGUGUCCCUGGCAAAGGCAAGCCUCCCUCCCAACAGGCGCUUCGAUGGUUCAGACGUGUCUGAGAUUCUCUUUGGGCAGUCGCACCAAGGGCACAAGACGUUGUUUCACCCCAACAGUGGAGCAGCUGGAAAGGACGGAGAGAUAAAAGCGCUACGGCUGGCUCAAUACAAGGCAUUUUACACUACAGGCGGGGCGAAAGCCUGUGACGGAAGCAUUGGGCUGGAAGAGCAUCACCAGCCACCGCUCAUUUUUAAUCUGGAUCACGACAUUCAGGAGCAGGUGCCUCUGGACAUGAAGGCUGGCGAGUAUCAGGCUGUGCUACCUGCGAUAACCAGGGCUUUGACAGACUUUCUUCACGAUAUUGCAUCAGACAACGUCUCAACAGCUGAUUACGCCCAUGAUCCAGCAGUGACGCCCUGCUGCAAUCCACAGCACAUAGUUUGCCGAUGUCAGGCUUGCUGCUCUAGCCCUGCCAUGGUAGACUAUAACAGGGAGCCGUAAUCAACAGUUUCACACUGACUUGGCUGUCAGGUCAGUCUGUGCUGUUCUAACUGUGCUGUAUGCAAAUAAAUCUGAUGCUGUCUAAACCA